AUGUCCCUAAGUAGAAGCCAGGCAAAACCAUAUGAGGCCUGCGGGUUUAGUUCUCCGGCCCGAAAUGCUCGCAGAAAUCCAUCCCAGAAGAAGGGAGGCUCGACUAUUGCAGUAAUUACCUCCGACAGGCUCAACCCGGAAUUGAUGGUUCUCAAGGAUGGUUCUUGUAGCGGCAUUGUGCAAGCAAUAUUCCACCAAGUCAUGGAUGAUUCUAUGCUUUUACGGCCUGCCGCAGAAUUUGAAAGCCUCGCCGAGUGCGUUUGCUGUCCAAUCCAAUCCUGUAUCUUACCUCUAAAAGGUGGGAUAAUGGUCUUACAUGCGAAUAAAGGCUACUCGCAUGCGCUGAAACCAUAUGAAAAGGCAUUUUCAUUUGCUAUGCACUGUGAGCGAGGCUCAGCAUUCCAUAUCCCUCCACCAGUGUCAGAUGAGCCCUUUGGAGCAGAAAUCGACAGAAUCAAUAUCUCAACUUUAUUGAUUGAAGACAAUGCUCCCACAAUUGCAAAUGUCAAUUACCUUGCUUCUUACAACUGGCUGGACGCUCAAUCCCCUAUAAUUCUUGUGCCAGGAUCUCCUCCAGCCUGGUCUCCUCCCGCACAAGAUGAAAAGCUUCCUGGUGACAGUGGCUCCGUAUUCCGCGACAUCAAUGCUGCACGAUAUCCCGAUUAUCCCUUGGAGCCCGCCGUUCGCUCCAUCCUAGCUCUCGAACCGGACUUUAACUUACAAGCUCUUGAUCUAAUAGGAUGCGGGUCUACAAUUGGAAAUCUUUUGAGAUUUGCAGGCUCGGUGGAGAAGCCAUUUCGAUUUGAUGCCGAUUUCGUGGGGGAUACGGUUUUCUUCAUCCGAAAAGAAAGGACUCCAACUGAAACCAUUGAUGACCUCCGAGGUUUCGGUCAUACAUUUCCCGAACGAUAUACUACAUGGGACCAGGAUGUAAAAGGUUCUUGCUCACAUCAACGCAUUAUCGAAUAUGAUUUUGCGGACCUUCACAUUUUAGUUCGCAGCGAGAGUGAUGGAUACAUCAGAGAACAUGAUCCAGCCAUGAAACACACAACGAAAAGUGCACCAUCACCACUGGACGAGUCAUUUGCCAUGUUAGGAGUAGGUAGUGCCCCUGCAGGAUCUAAUAAUUCGAAGCUGCUAGAUAUGCGGAUGCAAGGCACCAAGAAAUCCCAGAGUCAGAUUUUUGACAUUAAGACACGGCGCAAAUUGAAUGAUUUUGACAUGGAAGAGAUUUUUCCUCGACUGUGGUUAAAUCAAACUCCCAACUUCUUGCUCGCCUAUCAUGAAUACGGGCUCUUCGAUAAGCCCAAGGUGUCAAACGUCAAGGACAAGGUGCUCGAAUGGGAAGAAAGAAACGUGACUUUGUUGAGCAAAUUUCACGUUCUUGUGAAGAGGGUCAUGGAGAUUGUGAAAGAUUCUGAGAAUCAUCGUGUAGAAGUAAGCUGGGAUGGCAAGGGUCCAUUGCGAGUGACGGAACAGAUCAAAAAGGGAAAUCGAGUUCUCCCUGCAGAUUUGUUGCAGAAAUGGGACGACGUUGACUAA